AUGAUAUUGACACCACAGGAAAGAUCUCAUCCGUCGCCUGACAGCUUUCCAACAGCACAGCUUUUCCUCCUAGCAAUAUGCCGUGUUGCAGAGCCCAUUGCCUUGACUUCUAUCUUCCCCUAUUCGUGGGUGAUGGUCAGGGACUUCCACAUGGAUAAUGGCAACAAUGCCUCCUUCUAUGCCGGUAUUCUGAUUUCAGCAUUCUCGCUCGCCGAGGCUCUGACCGGUAUGUUCUGGGGUGCUCUUUCAGACCGCGUGGGCCGGAAGCCCAUCCUUAUAUCUGGCUGCGUGGGGACUAUGGCCUCUUUGAUCCUGGUAGGGAUAGCCCCGAACUUCUGGGUCGCGCUCGCCGGUCGCGCUCUUGGUGGAGCCUUGAAUGGGAAUAUUGGAGUAAUUCAGACAAUGGUUGGUGAGCUUAUCAGGCGACCUGAGCAUGAACCUCGAGCGUAUGCCGUCAUGCCUUUUGUUUGGUCAAUUGGAACGAUUAUCGGCCCAGCUAUUGGGGGCUUGCUAGCAAAGCCCGCUGAAGGGUUUCCCUCCCUGUUCCCAGCCGAUGGCCUCUUUGGCAAAUUUCCUUACCUUUUGCCCAACCUCGUGUGCUGUGUCUUACUUCUCCUUAGCAUUAUCGGCAGCUGGCUGUUCCUGCAAGAGACUCAUCCAGACAUACAACCUAGCGAGGCCUAUGGACAUUUCGUCCAAGCAGCUGAGCAGCCGCUUCUGGUUACAUCUGGCGCAACUGCCAAUGCUGGCGUGGACCUGCGAGCGGAGUCUUACGGGACGUUUAAUCGGGUUCACUUGCAUAAUGAUGAGAAUUGGAGUGUGCAAGCCGAUGGCUCCUCGCCUACGUGGAAGAAGUUACCAAAGCCCAACGCUUUCACCUGGCGAGUCAGUAUGCUUAUAGUUGCGUUGGCUAUCUUCACUUAUCACUCGAUGACAUAUGACCAUCUCUUGCCCAUCUUCUUGCAGGAUAAGGACCCGGGAGGAUCGUCACAUCCGCAUCACCCACCCUUUGACAUUCCGGGCGGAGUCGGUCUUUCCACUCGAACUGUGGGUGUGAUCAUGUCCACCGAUGGUAUCAUCGCCCUCGUGAUCCAAAGUAUCAUUUUCCCCAUGCUGGCACAUUACCUGGGAAUCUGGCGGCUCUUUGUCAUCGUUACAGUGCUCCAUCCAAUCGCAUACUUUAUGGUUCCCUUCCUGGUCUUCUUGCCACGCCAGCUCAUCUAUGUCGGUAUUUAUGCUUGUUUGAUCGUUCGCAAUAUUCUGUCCAUUAUCGACUAUCCUAUUCUCUUGAUUCUCAUCAAGCAAGCUAGCCCCUCAGACUCCGUCAUGGGAAAAAUCAAUGGCCUCGCUGCUUCCGCUGGGGCCGCAUCUCGAACUCUUGCUCCUCCGAUUGCCGGCUUGCUUUACAGCUCUGGGGCUGAGAUUGGCUGCACUGCUCUUGCCUGGUGGGGGAGUAGUCUCGUUGCGUUUAUCGGCGCUCUACAGCUGUGGUUCCUCCAGCGCGAUAAACGCUCAUCAGUAACCGUGGAGCCAGCAGCCGUUUGUCAUUAUGUUGCCCUUCCAGUGCAGUCGCACGACGACAUCGUUCAUAUCAUUGUCAAUGGAGAUGAUGCGUACACAUAA